AUGGAAGUGCUUGAUGUUUCAAAACUUUGCCAGGCCAAAGGCAGUCGGCUACAGCUGCAAAACAGACUGAGCACCACUGAUAGACUCAGAAAAUGGGGACUAGAUAUUGAGUUGAAAUUUGGAGCAAGUUAUUACAAUAGAUCUGUGGGAAUCAUUGAUGCUGCAAAAGGGAAAACUCCAGCUGCCCAAAUCUUUACGUUGGUGUAUACUGAGUAUGUCUAUGCGAUUUGGAUUGAGAGGAACCACAGAGUCUUUGAGAAGGAAAGCAGAACUUGGGAAUCUGUAGCCAAAGAGAUUGCUUAUAUUUGUUGCAUAGCUUUCUUUUCUUUUUUUUUUUUUUUUGUAGAAAGCUCGACCAGUUCAAAUUUCAAGUUUGGCAUAAGGGAAGCUUUUAUUGCAGAGGUAAAAGAAUUUCUAACUCCACCAACAAUGAUCUCGUGCAUGGACGCGGUUGAUUAUGAGGACCCUUUUGGUUUUGAAGAUUAUUUUCCUUCAAUGAUUGACACAUUGGGGGUUGAAAGGUUCAUGGAAGAACUAUACAAUGGUUUUUGCUUGCUAAUGGAUGUAAGUAUAGGGCUCAUCACAUUUGAAAGCUUGAAAAGGAACACAUUAUUGAUGGGAUUGAGUGAAUUGAAAGAUGAUGAACUUCUUUGCAUGUUGAUUGAAGGAGAUUUGGAUGGAGAUGGAGCUCUCAAUCACAUGGAGUUUUGUUCACUCAUGUUUAGAUUGAGUCCUGGAUUAAUGAUGGAUGGAUUCAAAUCGAACAACUUACAAGUUAUUUCCUAAGCUGAUUUUCCUUUCAUUUUGGAUGCAUGGUUGGUUUAAACUAAAUGAAAGAAAGGUUGAACUCAUGAGGAGAGAAAUAAUGUGAAAAUAGUGAAGUUGUGGAGUUCUUCCUUGCCUAUGUUCAAUACUUUCGUUUUAGAAGUCAGGUUGGAUUUUUAAGAAUUGUAUAACAUGACUAGGGACUUAUGAUGACUUAUUGAUUUAUAAUGCUAAUUCCUAGCUAUGUUUUUUCUUAUUUUAUUUUUUCUACUAGUAAAUAAGGAGCAUGUACUAAUUGCUCCGCCUUGUAUCGAGUGAUUUUUAAGUGUGCAAUGAUAUGUGGAAAUUCUUUUUAAU